AUGGUAACCGAUCAAAAUAAUUUAUCUGAUAGUACGUCCACUGAGCAGGAAGUUAUCAGAUAUACGAAGAUAUUAGCCCAGACACUUGGACUAAAUGAGCAAAAUGCAGAAGUAUAUAGUGCGCUUUCCAGUGAAAAUAGGGCACUAAAGAAACAAUUGGAAGAUUAUUAUUCCCAAUAUAACACUUUAGAAAAGAGGGUAGAAAGACUGGAAAAAGAUGUAGGAUCCUUAGAAGACGAAUUGGAAAAUCUGGACGAAUAUGUAGUGGAAGAUCUGGAUGAAUGUGUGGAUAGGGAAACUGUGGUUGACAUAAUACAUGAAAUAGUUCCCUCGCUUAUUGGUAAAAAAGGGUCGAGAGGCGCUGUGCAUAGAGGGAGUUCCUCCUAUUCGUCUGAAUCUUCUGAAGGAUCUGAUUCGGUCGAGACAAAUGUGAUAAGAAAGAGCGAGGAUAUCCCUCAUAAGCAACGAAGGAAGGCACGACCGAGAAAGGUUAAGCAGAUUGUAGUUUGA